CUGCGACAGUGCUGAGCAAUGUCACAUUGCCCCAGUUGUUGGCUUUUCGACGUGGCAUUCUGGCACGAUUCGGAAGCUUUCGGGUCGCAUUUGAGGCCCUGAAAUUCAGAGCCAAGAAGAAAGAGGAUGGAGAUGGACAGGAAGGAACAUCUUCAAAUGGGGACUCAAACUCAUCCAGUAACACAAGGAGAAGUAGAGGACAACUAGUACAAGGUUCUGGAAGUAGUGACAGUGAAGCUCAAGAACAUCAAGCUCCUGAUGAAGGUAGAACACCCUAUAUCCCCAAAGAGAAUUUCAUCGCCAUGUACGAAAUGCUGGUCUAUCGAAAAGGGAAUAGUUUCGCGCAUCGAGUGGCGCCAGGGAGUGGAGCUUCACCUUCAGGCGUGGAGUUUGAUGUCGAACCUGAUGACUCGAUACCAGUCAUAGAUAAGCGCGACAACAAGCCUGAUGCGAAUCGAGGACGGGGUGGAAGUGUCUCUGACACAAAGUCUUCUAGUGGGAAAAACAAGUCAUCUUCUCCGUCCAAACUACAGGUAGUAAAAGGUGGCGCAUCAACUGACGUAGAACAACAAACAGAAGAAAUGAGUAGGAGCAAGAACAUCAAGAAUAAAGGUAGUGUUACUGGUGGAGGAGGUGGAAAAGGAGGUGAAAGUGAUUAUGCAGCUAGUUCAGAUGAGGAGCAAGAUGAGGGCUCAUUCAUGGUCGCUAUGGAAAGUGUGACAGAGUUGGAACUGGCCAGGGAAGCAGAGGCCCAACGACAACUAUCCACAGGCCCAACUACUGGUCCUUCGACUGGCACCGUAGUCGCAGUCACAGAUCCAGAUAGUGUCGAAUCCAUCUCGUUGCGCAAGUCGUGGAAGUGGCAUCGAGAUAAACACGAAGACCCUGCGGCAAAAUAUCUACCCGAUCACAAGAAAAGGAAACAAACAGAGGACGCGGAAGCGGUGUAUUCCUAUGCGAGGUGUCUGGGUAUGAGGAAUAGCUUUGCAACGAAGGCGGAGACGAAGCACAUCGAAGGGUUGCCGUACGAGACGUUUUUGCAGCUGAUGGCGACUAGUGCUCCACAGACAGGGAUUUCAGCGUUUCGAAAGAGGAUUCUGCUGCAUUUCGGAACCUGGACCAACGCGUUGCGG